AUGCUGCAGCAACAGCAAAACGUCUCCAGUGCAACUGUUUCCAGACUAGAUGUUGUUCACCUCCAGGAACUCUUGAACACAAAGCUGCUGGAGAGGCAGGCCAAAGAAACAGGCAUCUGCCCUCUCCGCAGGGAGCUCUAUUCCCAGUGCUUAGAUGAGCUCAUUCGACAGGUGACCAUGGAAUGUGAUGAGAGGGGUCUGCUGCUGUCGCGGAUCAAAGAUGAGAUUGAAUUAUCACUUUCUGCCUACAAGACACUGUAUGAAACCGGUGUUGCUUCUGGCAUGAGGAAAUUCAUGCAGGCUGAGCAGGGCAAGGGUGACAUGGAACAAAGGGUUUCUGAUCUGGAGAAUGAGUCCCACGACCUGAGGAGGGAAUUGGACAAAGAGAAGGCAAAAUGUGAUGAGAUUGAAAAUUACGCAAACCAAAAGCUACAGGUGGAGAACGAGAGGCUCACAGGGGAGAUAGAGUCCCUCAAGAGAGCCAAUGAGCAGCUUAAGGUGAGAAAAUUAGCUGUUCUUCAGAUCAAGCAGCAGUAG